AUGAAUCUAGUAAACAUUGCAAAACAUCUUCUCUAUUUAACACAAUCAGAAUUUGGCUUUGAAGAUUCAACACCAAAUGAUAAUGAAAUUGUUGCAUCACAACAAUUAUUUAAAAUUUUAAAAUCAUUUAAAGAUAGUUAUUUUAAUGAACUGUAUACUUAUCAAAGUCUCGAGUUCGACGAUGAAUAUAAUGAAGCGACGGAUGCAGAGGACACCACUGAUGAAGAAGAAUCAGCUGAUGAAGAAGAGAAUAUUGAUGAUUAUGAUGAAAAUCAGAACUCAAAUAUUUGCAAUUGUUUUACGUUAGAAGAAAUGGAAAAAAUAGUGGAAUGGGUUGACGAACAUCCAAAUUGUAAAUUUGCAACUAUUACGAAUCGGUUUAUGAAAGUCAAAUCUAUGAAUUAUAUUCCAAGAUUUAGAGAAUAUAUUAGCAAGAACGGCACAAUAUUGGAAAAACUGAAAAAUAUCAAAGAAUUUAUGUGGAACGAAUUUUAUGUAAAAAGAGCAAUUGAAAAAGAAGCAAUUCAUGAUAGUGACCUAGAACGAUUUGCGAUUCAAAAAGCAAGGGAACUAAGUUGGGAAAAUUUCAAAGUAAGUGAAACAUUUAUCAAGAUGUUCAAGAGAGAAAAUCGAAUUUCAUCAAGAAGAUAUAGCAAACUGAUUAUAUGAGUUUCUUUCACCAGAAAAAUGUGUAGUUUGAAAGGUGCGUCAAAUUUUGCUGGAGAUUCCGGGCUAUGUCUUAAUGUAUGAUAUCCAUAUCUUUUAGAUGCUCACAAUUGGAUUGAAAGUCAAAGAUCAUUAAUUUCGAAUUACUCUUCCAAUCAAAUUUUGAACAAUGAUCAUUAUUCAUUUCAACAAGAAUAUAUUUCUCCAAGAACUCUUUCUUUUACUGGUAAAAGAACAACAAAAGUUGCUGUUAAAAAGAAGAAGAAUGUAACGCACUCUUAUACAGUCCAACCUAUUACAUCAGCUGAUGGUCAAUUAUUGAAGAAAUUCUUUCUCAUUCUCUCAUAAAAAGAAAAUGAAUUGGUAAAAGAAUACAAAAAGAUUUAAUUGUACCACCAAAUGCCGUAGUACGAGCUUCGAAAUCUGGAAAAAGUAGGGAUGAAAAGCAUCGCACUUUUUUAAAUGAAGUCCUUCACCCUUUGGUUGGUAGAAAAUUUCUUCUUUUCCUUGAUUGUUGGCAAACUCAAACUGAUCUAAAAAAAUUUAGAGCAGUAUUUUCACAUCAAGAAAGUCACUUAUUGAUUUUUCUGGAAGGUUCAACUGGUCAUAUUCAACCUCAAGAUUUAUCUUUAUUUCGUUCAUGGCGAUAUUUUCACAAAAAAAUUGAGCAUUACGUUCAUAUUAAUCGAACUGAAAUGAACUUGAAUGAUCGUCAAUAUUUUAUAAACAUUCAUUCUAUCAUUCACAAUCAACUAUCUACUACACAAUUUAAAAAUCUCAUCACGCUUGGAUUCGUACAAACCAAAAUGCUCAAUGAAACAAUGGGUGAAAUCAACAAACCAGAGGAUGUUUGCUUUGAAUUCUAUGACCUUUAUUGCUCAAUUAUUCGUUGUGAAGAACGAACUCUUUUAAGUUGCGCUUGGUGCAAAAGACACCUUUGUUAUUAUCAUUUAAUCGAACACCUUCAUCUUCACCUAUAGUACAUCUUUUGAAAUAUUAUUUUGUGUAAUUUAUCACUUUCACGCAAAAUAAACUCGAAAAUAUGGGUGAGUGGCGG